UCGCUCUCAUCUUACAUACAUGCACACCCCAGCUCACCUCACCUCACCUUAAAGCAACACCCCAACGGAACGUACCUCAAACCCCAAAUUAAUGGAUCUCCACCACCACCACCAAGACUCCGUGGAAUCCUCCUCCCCCACCUGCCGCCAAUGGGACGCUGACACUACUCUACCACCACCCAAACUCCGCAUGAUGUGCAGCUUCGGCGGCCACAUUAUACCCCGUCCGCACGACAAAUCCCUCUGCUACAUGGGCGGCGAAACCCGCAUUGUGGUGGCCGACCGCCACACCUCACUCGCCGAUCUCUGCUCACGCCUCUCCACCACCCUCCUCAACGGCCGCCAGUUCAGCCUCAAGUACCAGCUCCCAAGUGAAGAUCUUGACUCACUCGUGUCCGUCACCACGGAUGAGGAUCUUGACAACAUGGUGGAAGAGUAUGAUCGACUGAAUGCAUCCAACCCCUCAUCCAAACCAUUGCGAUUGCGCUUAUUCCUCUUCUUAAACAAACCCCAAACCGCAGCCUCUAUGGGAUCCUUACUCGAUGAUGCUAAAUCAGAAACAUGGUUUGUUGAUGCAUUAAACGGCGCCGGAUUGCUUCCUAGAGGCUUGUCGGAUUCUGCCCCUAUUGACAACUUGUUAGAACCCAAAGACCAAGAGGAAACUGAGAUGCAACGGCCGCCGGUGGUGGAGACCACGUCUUCGUUUGGAUCGACUUCUUCGUCUCCUUCAAUGUCGAAUUUGCCGCCAAUUAAGGUGAAGGUGGAUCACAUGAAUCAGAUGGCGGGACUGGACGAGCAGUUUCCUCAUCCUCCGCCGGUAGGUGGUUGGGCGGCUGUGGCCGUUUCCGAUGAUGAGAGAUCUGAUCAGGGUGGUGGGAUGAGGAAGCCGCCGUUGCCGUUACAGCCUGUGCAAAGGAAGUUUGGCCAUGAUCACUACAGUUUGGCUUCGCCGGAUUCCAAGCAUGGUGCUGCCUACACUUUACACUCACCGGAUUCCAUAGCAAGUGAUAGCAGCAGCAUUGCCUCGGCAAAUUGUCAACAAAAGAACACAUUCACUCAAGAUCCAAAUGCCCAAUCAAAUAGAGACACCCUAACUCCACCGGCAACCACCCAAAUCUACCCAAGCACAUCUGUCAUGUCCACUAUCAACUACCAAACCCCAAUCCAACAAAUCUCAGACUCCUCUGACAUAUCACAUAACCAAGAGCAACAAAAACAACAACAAUUCUAUCAACCUCGACCGCAUUUUAUCCAGCACCAUACAACAAACCAACAACCACAACCGGUCUCGUCUUACUAUCAAGUCUACGCGCCACCACCACAAAUGGACAAUCAACAAUACCCACUCUACUUUCUUCCGGUGGCACAAAACCACCCAUACGGUAUGCAGGUACAAUCCAACGCCACCGAAACAUCAUCAGCCACCACACCACCACUUUACCCCACCAAAUCAGUUAACCCAAUAAGCAAACCCGAUAUGUAUGGGACAACGGCUCCAAGCAUGAUUCCAAUUCCAAACAAUCAAUUUCAACAAUACAUGAAUGUUUCUCACCAUCCUCCUACACCAUCCAAUGGUGGUGGAAAGUACGGGUAUGAGUAUGUCCACCCAACCCAAGACCCGGUGUAUUAUUCACAACACCAAUCAGUGGCUGCACCAUUGCCAUCACAGUAUCAGACCAUGACUCCUGCCUCAGCCAUGCUGUUAACACAAGCAUCCUCGGCUCAACAACCAUCUCCUGAUCAAAGUGCUAAAUAGUAAUUAA